AUGCAUUCUUCUUGGUUUACCUCCUCCUUGAGCUUCUUUUUUCUUCUCACUUUCAUCUGCACUAACUCCUCAUCAUCUACUCUUUCAUACUCUGAUCACUGUUCUUCCUUUGUCCCUGAGUCCACCACCACUUCUCCUAUUCUCCGACCCUCUGCGCUUAAUAUCAUGUCAUCAUACUUCACAGGCGGAAACAAACUCUUUCCCCCGAAAGAAGGGAAUCAAACCUAUUACUUCUCGGGAAAGCUUCUCAAGCUCAGAAUCCUGCCAAAUUACUAUCAAACCACAACAGAAGGCGUCUACAAGGUGAAGGCAGCUCUAAAUAUCCUCUCUCCACAUCAGUAUUUGCGCAACCACACAACCUCCAGCUUUGCUGGAUCUUAUUACAACAGAGAAGAUUCUCUAUCUCGGAGAUCGGUCAGGUUUGUGUUAACCGGCUUCUGGUCCGAAAUCUCCAAAAGGCUCUGUUUGGUUGGAUCUACUUCUGGGGCAGUUGACGGGAUCACGACUGUCAAUCUUGAAGCUGUUCUCAAGCUCAACUAUGCCACUGAGAAUCCUGAUAUUUACACUGGUGUAGUUAGUGGCACUCUCAAGAGUACAAGUCCUGUGAAUGAUCCUGCGUACUUUGACCCGGUUUUUAUAUUCACUUUUCCUGAGCUUUCCAACUAUAAUUAUUCUCUGGUUUCAAAAAAAUCUGGUUCUGGUACUCAUCCAAUCAAGUUAUGCCGGAUGUUUAGCUCUGUCUUGGAGAUGCAGUAUGAAAAAUCCUCUGCUUUUCUGGCUCUAACCCCAUUUCAAUGUUCUUGGCGCGAAGAAAAGAUAAGAUUCUUGGCCUUUUUACAAAAUGUAAGUUACGUCAAUCAAGAAUUCGGCAUUGAGUCGACUUUGAUUGGGGAGGCUUCGUGGGAUGGUAAGAACAACGAGCUGUCCGGCAUCGCGUGUCGCCUCUUGAAUCCGGAUACUACUCAGUUGGGCCGUGCAGUAGGGGAUUGUACCAUGAGACUGAGCCUCAAGUACAACACUGUCUGGACCAUCAGAAGUGAACCGAAAGUGUUGGGUCAAUUUUCUGGCUAUUUCGGUAAGGUUAACCUCACAAGUUUCGACCUUUUGGCUUUUCCGGACCUGAGAUACGAGUAUAGCGAACUAGGCCGAGCGAAAAACUUAUGCCCUGUUAAGAAGCUAGUGAAGAAAGGGAAUGUAUAUCCACUUGUGCUCUCGGAUGAUAUGAGAUUCGACUUGUAUGCUGUAAAUUCUAAAGGCAACGAAAUUGCGUGGGGAUAUGCUAAACCUAUUUCUGUGGGAACUAAUUUGGUCGACAGGAGGCGUAUGGUUUUUCCGGUAGACACAAUCGCACCAGAAUCCGCCCCCGAAAUUUCUAGCUCUGCGAGAAAUGCCGACAUUGCCCCUACCAAUAUCAGCUACAGUAUAAUCAUCCAUGCAUAUAAGGCCGAGAUUCGUAAUUUGUUCCCGAAUCUCAAUCUAUCUGUCGACUCUCGGCACAGAUUGGAUAUCACUGCCGAGGGAGCUUAUUAUGCAGAAACGGGUUAUCUCUGCAUGGCGGCAUGCGGCCAAUUGACGUCAAACGGGCGUAAUACAAGCACGACUUUUACAUCCUUGGGCUGUGAGAUUUUGGUGAAAUUUCAGUUUGCUCCUCUAAACGACAAAAAGGGUGGCCGUAUUAAAGGGGUGAUAGAAAGCACACGGGAGAAAACGGACACUCUUUAUUUCAAGGACUUGAAAUUGUCUUCCGCUGCAUAUUACGGUGAAGAUGCCGAAAGGUCAAUAUGGAGAAUGGAUUUUGAGAUUACAAUGGUCUUGAUAUCCAACACGCUUUUAUGUGUCUUCAUAGGGCUGCAAAUCUUGCACGUGAAGCGAAAUCCCGCGUUACUUUCUCAUAUUUCACUCGUCGUGCUUUUUCUACUUUGUCUUGGGCACAUGAUCCCACUUGUCUUGAACUUCGACGCCGUUUUCUUAGAAAAUCGCAAUAAAGUAACUAAUGAAGUAGCUGUUAGGGUAAUCACAAUGGCAGCGUUCUUGCUGCAAAUACGUUUGGCCCAAUUGGUUUGGACCGCAAAUCAGGUCGAAAAUAACGAGAGAAAGUGUGUCUUUGUUACUUUCACAUUGUACGUUUUGGGUGGCCUGCUUGCUGUGGUUUGGAACAGAUUUUACCGAAAAUACUCUGUUUGGGGGGAUUUGAGGUCGUACGCCGGUUUUAUUCUUGACGGGUUUCUAUUUCCGCAAAUUAUGCUCAAUAUAUUUAGUGGCUCGGCUGGAAAGGCUUUGUGUGAACCGUUUUAUGUGGGGACUAGUUUGGCCCGUUUGGCGCCGCAUGCGUACAAUCAGUACAGGGAAUAUAAUUAUCCGGCUUAUGAUGUGAAUGGGACUUAUUACUAUGCGAAUCCAGGAGCGGAUUAUUACUCGACGGUGUGGGAUCUUUUUAUUCCUUGUGUGAUUAUUGGAUUUGCAGUAAUAGUUUUUGUGCAGCAGAGGAAAGGGGGUCGCUGGAUCUUGCCUCGGAGGUUUAGGGAGCUCGAGCUGUACGAGAAGGUAGCCAUGGCUGCUGGUAUGCUGGAAACCCUGACCAUCCCUCGCGCCGCCUCUCUUCCGUCCGCUUCGUCGGUUCCGAUCGCCGGAUCCAGGUCGGUCCAGUUCUCGCAGUUCCGAGGACUUAAGGUCCAGCCAACUCGCUCGUCCGCAAAGCUGAGGUCGCCCUCCAAGCUUGCGCGUUUCGGUAGCAGAAUCGUGUGCGAGGCACAGGAAACAGCUGUUGAUGUGGCUGCUGUUGGUGACGCAAAUUGGAAAUCUUCUGUACUCGAAUCUACUUUACCUGUUCUGGUUGAAUUCUGGGCACCAUGGUGUGGGCCGUGCCGAAUGAUCCACCCUGUCAUCGAGAAACUGGCUAAGCAAUAUGUCGGAAAGCUCAAAUGCUUCAAGGUCAACACCGAUCAGAGCCCCUCCAUUGCAACCGAAUAUGGAAUCCGGAGCAUCCCUACUGUCAUAAUCUUUAAGAAUGGAGAGAAGAAGGAUGCAGUUAUUGGUGCGGUUCCAGAAACCACAUUAACAACAUGCAUUGAAAAGUUCUUGUAGAAUGGUGAGUCAAUAUGUAUGUUCACUGGGUUUUGAUUUAGCCCCCUACAUCGCGAAAUUGCUUCAAUAAACCUCAUGAUCUCAUGUAUAGUUAUUGCUUUCAUAUUUCAUGUUCUCUUUGAGGUUAUGCUAGUUGAUUAUUCAUAUUUACAAAUUGCUUUCCUCAAGUUGCAUUGGCCAAGUUGCAUGUUAAUCUCCUGUUUAUUUUAUCCCCUGGUGUUAUUGCUUUCUUCAAUAAAUUUAUGUUUUUACUUUUUACCCAAAUACUGUCAUUCAUAGAAAUGCCGUAACAUGAUAAGUCAAUAGGCAAUGGCUCUAUGCAUUGAUAAAUUAUGCGGUGGAUUUG